AUAAAGGUGAUAAAUGUGAAGAAGAGAAAAAAAAUGAGCAACCUACAUUCAGUGAUUCUAAUAGUUUUAUCAUUUUUUUUAUCAUUUGGAAGAGGUAUGGAUUACUACAAAAGAUUGGGUAUAAAGAGAAAUGCAACUAAAGAAGAUAUUUCAAAAGCAUAUAGGAAGUUAGCUAAAGAAUAUCAUCCUGAUGUGGCUCCUCAUAAGGAAAAGGAAUUUAUAGAAAUAGCUAAUGCAUAUGAAACCUUGUCAGAUCCAGAAAAAAGAAAAUUAUAUGAUAUGUAUGGUGAGAAUUAUGCAGAUGGUGGUGCUGGAGGAGGAGCCGAGGGAGGAGGAUCAGGAGGAUUUGGAAAUGGAUUUCAUUUUGAUCAAGAUGUUGUUAAUGAAAUAUUUAGACAAUUUACUGGUGGAGCAGGAGGAGGAAGCAGCGGUCGUGGAGGAAAUUUUCAUUUUAAAUUUACAUCAUCUGGUGGUAGUAGUGGUGGAGGAGGAGGGUUUCCAAAUUUUGGACAUCACUUUGAAGAAGAAUAUGAAGAUAUAUAUAAAAACGAAGUAUUAAAAAUAAAUUCUCAAAAUUAUGAUAAAGUAAUUAAUGAUAUUACAUAUUCUUUAAUUAUAAAUUUUUAUUCACCAUCAUGUUCACAUUGCAAAUCUUUUAAAAAAAAGUAUUUGAAAAUUUCUAAAAAAUAUGAUGGAUACUUAACAUUUUCAGUAGUUAAUUGUCAAGAAGAGAAAAGUUUAUGUCGUAAGUAUAACGUGAAAUCAUUGCCACAUAUUAUAUUGUUAAAAAAAAAUAAAACGUAUGAAACAUUUUAUGGUAGUAGAAAUGAAGAUAAUAUAAUUACAUUUAUAGAAGAAAAUAUAGCAUAUGUAUAUACAGAAAUUACAAGUCAGAAGAAAUUAGAUAAAUUUUUAACAAAAAAUGCAGAAACACCGAAAGUUUUAUUUUUUAUUUCGUAUAAUGAUGAUAUAGUAAUGCUGAAAGCUUUAUCCAUAGAAUUUGAAAAAAGAAUAGACAUGGGUGUUAUAUACAGUUCUAAUUAUAACAUUAUGCAGAUUUUUAAUAAAAGAAAUAUUAACACCCCAUCUCUUUUACUUGUUGAAGAUAUUGAUAAACUGUCUGGUGAUUUAACCUUUUUGAAAAUUUUUGAUUUUAAUAUUUUAUCACUUAAAUUAAGUCACAUUGUGGCUCAAAAUAGAUUAAAAAAUAAUUUAUAUGGACAUAUUACCUCUUACCAAGAAUUAACAAAAAAGAAAUAUGAAUCAGGUCAAUGUCAUGAAAAGGAUUCUCAAAUAUGUUUUUUAAUUUUCAAAUUAUUAAAACAGAGUUAUAAAAAAUUUGAUGAAGACAUAAAAAAUAUUGCAAAUAAAUUUGCCAAUGAUCCGCUAAAAAUAUUUUAUAUAAAUAUUUAUGAACAACCAUAUAUUUUGGAUUCUUUUGGUCUCACCAAUGAUUGUAAGCAUGCUAAUUGCCUCUAUUUGGUAGCAUUCAGACCUAAGAGACAGAAGUUUCGUCUAUUUGAUGGAGAAGUCAGUGUACAAAGCUUGAAUAAGUUUGUUGAGGAUGUGGUUAGUGGAGGGAUAUCCAUCAAUCAGGUUGUGAAACGAGGGAUUCGCUUCAUCCAAACGUCGAAAUAUUCGGAUGAAUUGUAA